AUGGAAAACUUGCAAGUCAUGCUGGUCUUGGCGCGCCUUGCUGGCUUCAACUGUUACCUUUAUCAUGAAACGCAGGAUGGCUUCGUGUCAACAUUUUCCCGGUCCGGGUUUUGUUUGUUCGUCGCGAACUUGGUUGCGUACGUGUACUUCGCCAUCGCCAAUGUGCUCAACCUGAAAAUUUACACCUACACCGGUUCGGUAAUCGUGGACACGGCAGGAAAAGUUAUCAUCGAAUUAGGCUACUUCGAUUUCAUUAUCAUUGCGUUGGACAGAUUGUAUCAGUACCACUGGACCACCGAGCUGCUGAAUGGAUUGCGCUCGAUUGACAAAGAACUAGACGCCAUAGAUGCUCGACGGCCUCGUGCUUACCGCAACAGUGAGCAACUGUUCCAGAUGGUCCUGCUGAUGUUCUGCAUCUUCUGUGCGAUAGCUUACUCGGUGUACGUUAUUGAGGGUGGCAUCGAAAUCUUGAACUUGCCCAUGUACAUCAGUCACCAAAUGCUCGGUGUUACUUUGGGGAUUGUUACCAGUACUUUCUACGCCGAAGUGUACGAGUUGCGCUUACGCUUAAAUGACAUCAAUAACCACAUACGCAAUACCAUAUGCGACGCGAACUUCCACAAUUUGCGACCUGCUUACGGCAGACGAAUCAUCAACAUUACCAACAAAAACGACACCAAUUUGCGAAAAAAUCUCGUCGCACGUUUGGCGUUGAUGUACGAUGAGCUGCACAGCAUUUCAACGAAAAUCAGCAAUCGUUACAAAUUUGUGGGUAAAAAGACGGCCUCAUUGAUCAGCAUCGCAAUGUCCCAAGAAACAGAAAAGCAAUGCAUUCAGAAGAUGCACAGCUUUCUUUGCCAAAUACAACAUAACUCCAUCAAGAUUACUACUUACAUAUUCGACGUUAACAUGAUCGCAUUCUUCGGUAUAUUUUCAACUAUCAUGACGUAUUUGUUCAUAUUGCUACAGUUUACUGGCUGA